AUGGAUAAAAAAUUUGAAGAAAAGUUAACGAAACAGGACAAAAAGGCAGAAAAGGAAGCUAAAAUAACUGAAAAAGGAAAAGACGAGGACGAAACAGUUUCUGAAGAACAAUUUAAGAAAGAAAAGCGAUGCUCUUCAGCACCUAAAACAGCAUCACAAAACUUAAGAGAUUCGAUAGCACAUGCUGAGAAUAUAAUUAUACCUCUUGAGAGCAAAACUCUUUCGCAAAAAGAAGUAGCGCUCAGAAAGAUGGCCGCAGUAGGAGCUUUGCUUCCAGAAGGACGUACGUUGUCAGAAAAAGCUUUGAUUACUUGCGUUAAAGAGGCUACACGUACGGUGCCAAAAGUUUGUUCAGAAAAAGUAAAAAAAGCAAAAGCAGAAGGACUCUUAACACCGUCGGAAGAUAAAUCGCCAUGUGAAUAUGAAAAAAUGAUCAGAAAACUGCAUCAACAAGGCUUGCCAUUACCAGAACCUAAAACUGCUGAAAAGAAAGCACUGAUAGAAAAAAUUAAGAAAGAUGAGGUUUCUAUGAAACUUAAGAACGUCACAAAAUCUGAACACGUUAGCAAGACAAAACAAGUUAGACCAACAUCAAAAAUAUCUACUAAGAAACUGAAACGAUUGAAAUCUGCAGGAUUGCUCACACCUUUAAAUGGAAAAAGUACAGAGAGGAAAGAAAAAAUUUUGCGCGGACUUGCCAUCAAUGAUGUCCCCUUGCCAGUGGCAAAAACAUCUUCCGAAAAAAAGAUCAUCGACAAAGUUAGGCGCGAUUUAGGACUUCCUCCUCAACCAAGGACGUCUUCAGAAAAUCUAAAAUACAAAAAGGCUACGGCUAAAGGCUUAAUAACACCAUUAGAUGCAAAAUCGAUGGCGCAGAAGGAAAAGAUUUUACGGGGGCUUGCUGACAUUGGCGUGCCUCUGCCUGAAGGACGGACACCAUCGGAAAAAGCUCUCAUAGGACAAAUUAAAACAAAGACUUCAAGUAAAGUUCCAACAACAUUGAAACCGUCUAUAACAAAUAUUCCAUCACAAAGAAUACGUAAAUCUAAAGACGGAGGUCUUAUGACUCCGCUCGAAGGACGUACGCCAUCAGAGAAAGCUUUGAUUACUCACGCCAAAGAGACCCGUUCUUCUGUAUCAGAGCAAACAUGUUCAGAAAAAUUGAAAGAGCUAGAGAAAGAAAAGAAAUUAAAAGAAAUCGAAGAAAAAUGUAAGAAAGCUAAAGCUGGAGGUCUUCAGACCCCUCUUGAAGGAAAAACACGAGCUCAAAAACAAAAAGUACUGCAGGAUCUAGCUAAACAUGGUCUACCACUUCCAGAGGGCAAAACACCUUCUGAAAAAAAAAUAAUAGAUAAAGUUAGGAAAGAAAUGGGAUACCCUGCAGAACCUAAAACAUUAUCUCAAAAGUUAAGAGUAACAAAAGCACACGCUGAGGGAGUAAUUACACCUCUUGAAGGCAAGACUGCUUUGCAAAAAGAGGUGGCACUGAAAAAAAUGGCUGCAGCGAGAGUUCCAUUACCAGAAGGUCGUACGGCAUCAGAAAAAGCUUUGAUUACUCGCAUCAAAGAGACCCGUUCUUCUGUAUGUAAGCAAACAUCUUCAGAAAAAUUGAAAGAGCUAGAGAAGGAAAAGAAAUUAAAAGAAAUCGAAGAAAAACUUAAGAAAGACAAAGCUGAAGGUCUUCUGACCCCUCUUGAAGGAAAAACACGAGCUCAAAAACAAAAAAUACUGCGGGAUCUAGUUAAACAUGAUAAAGUUAGGAAAGAAAUGGGAUAUCCUGUAGAACCUAAAACAUUGUCUCAAAAGUUGAGAGUAACAAAAGCACACGCUGAGGGAAUAAUUACACCUCUUGAAGGUAAGACUGCUUCGCAAAAAGAGGUGGCACUGAAAAAAAUGGCUGCAGCGGGAGUUCCAUUACCAGAAGGUCGUACGGCAUCAGAAAAAGCUUUGAUUACGCACGUCAAGGAGACACCUGAAACAGAGGGUAUUAGACGUGCCAAAUCAAUAAGUCCACCUAUGUCUCCAAAGAAGUUUGAAAAGUUUGAUAUAAAUACAGCAAAAAGUCUCAAAGAAGGUAAGAAGAGCGACGAAUGUAUUUGCAAUAUUUUUAAUGUGCCUGCGAAAAUGUCUCCUACAGUUAAACCUUUACAUGAAAAGUCGCCUGAAGAAAAAGAAGAACAUAUUAGAGGGUUAGUUACAAGAGGCUUGCCAUUACCACAACCUAAUACAGCCUCGGAAAAGAAAAUAAUUGAUAAAGUUAUAAUGGAAAUGGGUUAUCCCCCAGAGCCAAAAACCACUACACAAAAACUUGCCCUAGCCAAAGCGCAUGAGGCAUCCAUUAUUAAGCCACUUCAGGGUAUGACAAGGCCUGAAAAAGAAAAAACUUUGAGAAAAAUGGCCGCAGCUGGCGUUUUACUCCCAGAAGGUCGUACAGCGUCAGAAAAGUCAUUGAUUGCGGCUAUUAAAGCUACGAGUCCCCGUUUAUCAAAGAUUGCAUCAGAAAAAAUAAGACAAGCAAAAGCAGAAGGAUUAUUGACUCCGUUAGAGGGUAAAAUAGACAGCGAAAAGGAAAGGAUUCUAAGAGGUCGAGCAAAAAAGGGUUUGCCUUUACCAGAAGGCAAAACUGCGUCAGAGAAGAGAAUAAUCAAUAAAGUUAGAAAAGAAAUGGGUUACCCUCCGGAACCUACCUGUGUAUCUGAAAAACUAAGAUUGACAAAAGCACAUGCAGAAGGUAUUAUCGAACCUCUUGAGGGGAAGUCCGACAAAGACAAAGAAAAAAUGCUUCAACAAAUGGCCGCAGCUGGCAUACCGCUACCAGAAGGCCGCACACCAUCGGAGAAAGCUUUGAUUGCGGCUGUAACAACACCAGCGACAGUUCCUACAGAAAAAUUAACAAAAUCCAAAACAAAAGAACGUGCAUCAGGUUUUAAAGCUGACCCUGAUAAAUUACGCAAAGCUGAGGUAAAGAAAAAAACUACGAAAAAAGAAGAAUCCGUCUCACCAAAACUUAAAACUUCAGCAGAAAAAGGUACAUUAGAAAAACCAGCUGGCAAAAAGCGAACUGAAAAAGUCACUACACCAAAAGGUUCACGGUAUAAAAAAUCUAAAUCUGUAACUACUACAGCGGCAGGGGCUGGUAUUCGCGGAGAAAUUGAAAACAUUGCUAUAACAACGACGUGUGAUAGGUCUUGCGGCUGUGAUAAAAAGAAAAUACGUUUUAAACAUAGCUACGUAAAGAUUCGAGUCACAUCUCCAGAUUUUUCGUCUUUGUGUGACUGUCCAGAUGAAUGCAUUCCGUGUGUGCAGAGCGGAAUUAUAUUAGAUAACGAGGGAAUUAAAGUUACAGUUGGAAGAGUUGCAGGCUUUCCUUCGUUUACUCCGAAUUUACCAAGACGCAAGACUUUACAGGAUUCACGUUAUGUAAGCCUUGAACACAGUUUUAUUUCCUUAUAUCAAAAUGUCGUACGUAACAGUUACUUGAACGUAUUAAAAGAAGCUUUGUGUAAAAAUUUGUACGAAAUGUACAAGGCCAAAAUGAAUCACACCUGGGAAACAGAAAGUAAUAUACGUCACCCAAGUCAAUUACAAAGACGUUUAAGAAAAGAUUGUGUGUACAAUGUUCAAGGUGGUUACUUUGUUGGUGGUGGCCACUCUGAAAUAAGCUUCCACAGAGCUGAAGCGGACAGAUUAUUUUACGAACCUGAAAGAAGUUAUAUUUCAUCAGCAAAAGAUACGGCCAGUGCCCACAACUUCAACAAGAAUGAAUCUACGAUAAGCACAAAUCUAAAGUGUAUGAGUCACGACUCCAUACUUAUCAUGAGAACAGAGUCUACGCUAAGCUUGUUAUCUAACGCUUAUAGUGAACUUGGGAGCGUAAGUGUGGUAUCGUUCUUGGGAAGUACCAUGUCAGCAAAUAAUAGCAGACGCUCCCAAAGCCUUCCAAACGUUAGCAAUAGUGAUAUGGAUACAGAUCCUUAUUUUCAAGAUCUAUAUUGUAACACAACUAAGGCUACGUUGAGUACAGUAUAUGCGGACAGUGACUCAUCCAAAUCAUUUUUGCAAUACACACAUAGCAAGGACAAUGACGUUUUGGUCUAUAGGAUUUCAAAACAUAAUCUAAAAGAGGAUGAAAAUAAUAAGUUAAAUGUAGACCCGCUAACAGACAAAUCUGUCGCAGCAAUUUCAGAGAAAUCUGAAGUAGAAAGCGAAGACUUGUUCAAAAUAGUUCGUGAGUUGUUGGACCACGAGUUCAUAGGGCGACGUUCGUCGGUGUAUUUGCUUGUUUCCUCAAACGAGGCGGAUUCUGACGCCUCUUCUGAAGCGAAUGACUCUAUCAUCAAUAUCAAAUUAUGCGGAUUUAAAAACAGCAAAGAUAAAGGUAACAGCAUUAACAGCAUUCAAGUACUUUUUAGCAAUAAAACGGAAAAAAAGAAAGCAAAUGACACACUUAUGAUUGAAGUUACAGCUGAACAGUUUUAUAAAAAAGAUCGAAAACUUCAUGGAUUUACCUCGAAAGAGUCAACGGAUACCAAGAACUUUAAUGAUAUAGAUAAACAGAAUCGCAAAGUACAUAUAAAUACGUUUAAAUGCAAUCCCAUUACUAAAAAAACAAAAUAUGCUAAGCGCAAUAUUUAUAGACACGAUGUUCGAAGAACAGUUUUGAUGCACCACCAAAGCACAAUAACUGAAGUCAACAAAAGUACUGGUACUAUGACGCAUUGUGGAAUUACGGCAGAACGACCUUUUGAAGAGCAUUGUCGUGAUGCUAAAAUGAAUACGUCUGCCGCUGCCGAUAGACCACGCUGGUGUCGCCAACACUCUGCACCCAAUCUUGCCGAGCCCGUCAAGUUGAUUUCGUCCAAUGUGCAGUUCAUUGGUAAUAUCAAUAUAUUACCAGAAAAAGUACCUAGAGGUAUAACGCCAGAAAUAUUUUUAAGCUUUGGUGAAAACUUGAUGUGGCAAUGUAAAGACCCUUCGCCAGAACAACUUUUGGGGCGGAUAGGCAGAAUGGGCAGUGAAGGUACACUAAGCUUCGCAAAUGCUUUCCCUGAGUGCUUUAAAGAAGACACGCAAAAAACUUCGUACCUCAAAUGUUCGUGUGAUUAUCGACGGAAGGCACUAUUUCGCGAGGGUUUUUCAAAUGGAACGCGAACGGAACCACCUCCAACAAAGUUCGGGACGUACCCGCGAGUUUGUUACCAAUCAUCCUUUGGCACUACUCACAAACCUAUCGUACGAGAUCAAUCAGGACAAACGCACAAAAAAGUAUGCUCUAGUUGUACCCGUCGCCUCGGUCGUCGAAUAAAAAAUUGCGACCAUAACCUGUCGGAGGACGACGAAGACAUUUGGAUUGAAGAAACUAAAAAACAAUCACUUACGUACAAUGCAAAAUAUAACAAACAUCACCGGAAACGAAAGAUGUUGAAAUCUUCUAGAAACGAUUUAAUUUCUUACCAGCCAGGUGACAUCGCAAGUCUUGGCAGUUGUCGUGCUACCUACUGCGAGGUGAACGUAACCGGGGUGCCAUCCCUACGGUCUACACUGCAUCAGUAUUUCUGCCAACAUGAAAGGAGGAAAGGGGAAGUAUACGCAGUUCCAUCAUGCUCGUGCUGUAUGUCGCCUCACCAGAAUUCCACAGUACUUGAUCUCAUCAAUUACAAGAAAGACAAGAAAGUGAAGAGGGAACGACAAUCCAGUGUUGUGAGAGCUCUUCGAGCGGGUACUGGACCUAUAAUACCACAGAGACGACCAUCAUGCGAGCCGUGUUGCUGCGCGGCGCGGAAUAUUUGCGAGGAGCAGAAGUCGAAAGAGGACGACGCUGCUAGUGCUGCCGUUCUUUCAUCAGCAGGCCCGGUGAUUGUCGCGCGCUCGUGUACGUCUUUCUGCCGACGAGCCUCAGCGCCCAUGUCAGCUCUCGAGAUAUUGACAACACCUGUUCCAGGACAAUUAAUAACGCUGUGCGAUCCGUGCGGCCACAAAAGAAAGGGAUACAUCGAAGUGUUGCACCCUCCACCUUCGCAAAGGACUUCCUUGGCUGCCGGUCUCUACCAAGACAUUUACGAAGGAUAUGCAUGCAAUAAAUGGGAUUACGAGGGCAAACUAGAUCAAUAUACGGACGCACCAGAUAUGUCCGUCAUUGUUACGAAGAAUCUGCUAAAGAACUUGAAGGAUCUGAGGGACACGCUUAUUCCUAUUUUGGCAGAUACAGGACUGGAUCUGCAAGGAGAACCUCAGUCGAUGGUGCACACAGCAGACGAGGCGCUCAGUCCAACGAGAACGUCCAACGCAUCAGUGGAGCCGACAAUGUCGGAACAAAAAUAUUCUUCUGACAGCGUUACCCGUCACCGACCGAAGCUUAAAGAUUUUCUGGAUCCCGCAACGCUUCCACCGAAUAUGCCAAUGCCUGAAUAUGAAGUGGACAAAGAUGGAAACUUACACAUAAACGUGGAUUCUUACGCCCGCAGCACGUCUUUGCCGUCGCACCACUUGCAACAAUAUAACAGACUUGGUGGAACGUCGACAUGUUCGAUGGUAGUGCCGGAAGAAGACUGCAAUAUAGCGUGCGACGGGGUCGCGUGUCAGAUCACGGGGAAUAAACCCGUAUUACGUGGAAUGUCGACAUGUUCGAUGGUAGUGCCGGAAGAAGACUGCAAUUUCGAGUGUGAAGGGGUCGCGUGUCAGAUCACUGGGAAUAAACCCGAAUUACUGAAUACUGAGGAAACUGGAAUUCACCUGGCUAGUUGCUCAGACGCUGUACUCACCGAAGGAGAUUACUUAGAUGCUGACUACUCCAAAAAAGAUUAUGCAGAAGAGACGUAUGGGUACUGUUCGUAUGCAGGACUAGAAUACCCAGGAUUAGAAUUUUCCCCAUCAAAUUACGAAGGAGCGGAAUAUGCGAGUCCAGAUUAUGGCGCACCAGAAUAUGGUGGAUUACAAUAUAUACACCAAGGCUAUAGUGGAGGUAGAUACGUAGACCCGACGUACGGCUAUCAACAAUAUGCAAACACAGAAUAUGCAGACUCCAUAAAUCCAGAUUUCGGACCAUCGUUCAUGGUAGAUGCCGAAAAUUACAUAGAAUCGAAGGAUGAUGACGACUUUCUGCAAAACUCCGCUUACUUGGAUCAAUCAGUGGAUACGCAAGAAAUUGCAGCACUGACAAGUAGUUCAUGUUGUCGAAUCAGUGUAACAAAUACGAUAGCAGAAAGUACUCAGAAAGGAUACUGUUGUAAACAUCGACGACACAAAGUUCGCCACCAAAUGCCAAAACAAAUGUUCUCUACUGGAGACCAAACAUUACCAUCGCAACGACCAGUGAAAGUGCAAGUGACAGCUUCGUUGUCUGGCUUUACAGCGCAACCACGAAUGCUAACUGCAAGGCGUGUCUCAACAAAGUCAGAGAAAUCUUGUGGACCUAAUCCAAGUCAGUGUGUGGGAUGUAGAUUACCACGCACACCUCACCGUAAUCCUAUGGGGGCCUUUGAAGGUGACGCUCGCCCCGGGCAGACUUGUUGCGGGAAAAUACCGGCUGAUAUACGUCCUGGUUGUGCAUUCGAUAAGCGAAUCUCAAAGCAAUCAAGCUCGGUAAAAGGCAGAUGUGGACCCAGAAAUCAAGCGCCUUGCCAAAAUUUGAGAAUUCCUUGUGACAAUCCUUCGCCAAAACCGCCAAACUCCCCGGAUGCUUGUCGGGAUUUGAAUCCAUGCUGUCGCCGCGCAAUUGAAACUUUAAUGGAAGAUAAAGAUAAAGAAAGCAAGAAAGGUAAAGAACGGACGAAAAGUAGAAGCAGAGAUUAUGCGAAAGAUAGGAAGAACAAAGAAAGGACAAUUAUAAACGGUGGUGAAGAGAGGUGCUGCACCAGUAGUACUUGCCCGGCGUCGCCCCCGCCGCCGUGCUGCGGGUCGGGCCCUUUCUCAGACACGACUUCAGAAGGCACAGAGGGAAUUUCAUCGCUAAACGCCUUACCAGCAGCGGGCUCGCUGGUAGCACAGGGCCCGCCACAAGCACGGGGCUCGCCACAAGCUUGGGGCUCGCCACCAUCACUGGGCCCGCCAUCAGAACAGGGCCGGCAAACACCACCACCCAUGCUACCACCAAGGAAAUCAACGUGUCCUGGCGGAGGAGGAGUACCUCUAUGCAAUCAGAAAUGUCAACGACAUGGAGGUCAAUGCCGGCCGUACAUACAUACACGUCAAACGUGUCCUGGUUCCAAGACCAACGAAUCUUUCUGCAGUGCUAAGCUUGGUCCAAUAGCUAAAGGGCCGUGCCCAAGGCAGAAAUGCUUUGUGCCACAUAUGACCAAAGCUCCCUCCAUGCUCCAACCUACGGCCACUAUGGUUGGACAAGUUUCUGCCGACUUGUCAGCCGGACGCGGCGCGAUACCUGAAGGGAACGAAGCAUCAGAUCUGAAACUACCGCCGCAGCCUACCAAGUCGCGCGAGCGUACCUGGGAAAACGAAGUAUGCCCGGGAAUGUCCUGUAUAGGCGAAGAAGCAGUGACAAUACCAACUUGCGGAUUAUUAUCAUGUCCUUUUAAGGGUGGCAUCGAAUUUUCUUGUGGUCCAACAUGUGGCAAAUCAAAAAGUCUUUAUCCUCUCGCUGGUUCUCUCUCUGGUCCCGCAGGUGUUACGAGUAACAUUUGUCAAUGCAAGACUAAAUCUCCUCUAACAUUCCGCACCUGCAUAUGCCCAGGAUUCGAAUGUCCACGCAUUGAACUUGAAACUAAUUGGCCCUGCCCCUGCCCUCUUCCUCGAGAGGAACUCCAUCUUGGUGAUCAUGAUCCAAAACAAGUGGCAGCAGAACGUUCUAAAUUGACUGAAAACACAUCAGGAUUCAAAUUAUCUAUGGAGAAGAAAGGCCUUGCUUUUGAAGGGGAAAUAUCUUUCGACGAGGCCUUGAAGUUUUUCUCAGACCAUCCAGAAUACCUUCCAGCAAAUAAUACAUCCUCCCAGACAUUAGUGGUGCCAGAUAGAUACCAUGGCGAAUGUUGCUGCGAGGAUAGCGAGAUGUUGUAUGAUUUGACCAGUUGUCCCGGAGACGAACCGUUUGUGAGCGAUAGAAUCGAGAGGCUGCAGAAAAUGGAGGCUGGCAGGAAAAAGGAGAAAAUCCCCUUUUUAAUUCCAAUUAGAGAAAAGUUUAAAAAAAAUAAACAAAGUGACAAGGAUAAGCAUAGGUAUAAUGAAAAGAAGUUCACAAUAAAAGAUAAAACAGUAAUAAAUAAUAAACGUAACGCAUGUUACGGACAGGAAGACAUAAAAGGAAAACUGUCGGAGUUAACAUCGGCUAACAAACCGAAGAUAAGCUCACCACUCGUGCCUGUGCUGCGGGUGCCCGUUGCGGGGUCUAGUUCGGAUGUAUUAAGUAUUAGAUUCUCACCCAAGGAAGUGCAUUCCAUAAUAAACAAAAUGGAGAGGGGAAAGUCUCCAGGUCACGACGGCCUCAGCAUCGAGCACCUGAGGUACGCUGGUGUGCACUUACCUAGAGUUAUGGCGUUGUUUUUCAAACUUUGUAUGAGUCAUGGUUAUCUACCUGAUGAUUUAAUGUACACAAUGGUUGUACCAGUGAUAAAGAAUAAAACUGGCGAUGCUUCUGACUUGUCCAACUACAGGCCGAUAUCCUUGGCUACUGUGAUAGCAAAGGUAUUGGGUGGACUGCUUGACAAACACCUGGAUAAAGUAGUCAACUUGCAUGACUCUCAAUUCGGUUUUCGGCCCGGGUUGUCCACAGAGAGCGCUAUCCUGUGUCUCAAGCAGACUGUCCAGUACUAUGCCUGUUACCUGGACUUGUCGAAGGCAUUUGACCUAGUAUCGUACAAUACUCUGUGGCACAAGCUAGAGUGUGAGACUAAUUCAUCACAUGAGUUAACAGCAAUAUUUAAGUAUUGGUACAGCCAUCAAAGGAAUAGAGUAAGAUGGGCAGAUGCUCAGUCAGACGUGUACAAAUUGGAGUGCGGAGUUCGGCAGGGGGGUUGA